CGGAGACCGGUCCUAACGGUUCUUUGAGAGUGGUCGAAAAACUUUCAAGUUCCCGCGAAAGAUAAGGAAGAUUGGAGCAACCGAUCCGGUAGAGGCGCUCGACAACGUGCCUUGUCCAGCAACGGAGCAGCGUCGUGUAAAUCUCCGGCAAAGUCAAACGUGUGUGGGCUGCGAAAUUAAAAAGAACGUUCUGCGAAGACUCGGCGAAUACCUUCCAAAUUUAAGGGAAUUAUGAAAUGAGUGGAAACUGGGCCUUGACGAGGUUAGGUUGGUCAGAAGCAACGCUAACUCGCAGAGGGAGGAACCGAUCGGUCGAUAGACGAUACGAGCCGAGUGGCGGGAACGUGACUGAGUCAGCGGAACGCCGCGGUGUCUGGAGAAACUUCUUCGGGGCUCGCCAGAGGUUCAGCGCUCCGAUUGGUUCCUGCCGGCGUGGGGACCAACGAGGUCGCCGAGGUGGAUCUUCCGGGGAUUCGGUCGAAGGAACUGGCUCGAGGGCCUCCAGCCGACAGGUCGACGGAGACCUCCGUCGCCGAAGAAGACUUCAAACCAUACUCCGGUGAUCCGGCCGACUCGCUCGUCGAGUCCUGCGGCGAUGGAUCGACUUUCCGAGCCCGGGAUCAUUCCGAAGGACUGACCGAGAGGGAGGAGGAACUCGUACGAGCCUCAGUGAUGAACGCCUCGUCGAUGCCGAGCAAGCUGCAGGUUCUUUGGGACCAUUUCAUCCACGCGGAGCCCCAGAGCUACGAGAAAUCAUCCUGGCUGGACGUGUUCCUCGCUGAACUGCUCGCCCAGGUGAAGGAAGGACGAGAGGCGAAGGAUGUCCUGUCCUUUUGUUCGGUCGACGGAGGCGGCGUGUCCACUCUCGUCGCCUGCGAGCUUCUCUCCGACGUGCACGAUCUCUGCGCCCAGAGAGUCGACGGCGGGGAGCUGCUGGGCCUCCGGAAGUACCUCGUCCAGGAUCGCGGAUGGAGGUGUCUCUCGGUUCUCCACCUUCUGGGAGUCCGCGGUCUCUCUUGCAGCCGAGAGCUCGUUGCGCUCCUGGUGGCUCUCUACCCGGUCGCCUCCCAGGACGGAGCUGAACCUGCAAGUGCUAGUGCACAGCGCAACCCCUACAUCAAGUUCCACAGCAACGACGAUAUCGUCGACACGGUGGACAUCGUACCUCACACGAAGAAGAGAACCACUACGAAGAUCAAGAGCAGUAACGAGGUGCACUCGAAGAAGAAGAGGAUUCGCCGACACAGUACAGGCGGCAAAUCGUUGAUGCAGAAACACAAGCAAGAAUGCACGGGGGAUAAUCAGAGUAGCGAGUCCGAGAUGCUGACCGAUGGCAUCGACCAGGCAAGAUCGUUAACGUUGAAGAUACGAUUGAACCCCAUGGACUUUGAGUACUUUACGUCCGUCGUUAGGAGCGACGAGGAGUACAAGUGGAACGCCUCGUUGUACGAGCUACCACCCCGUCCGAUACGGAAAACUCCGCAGGAUUACAUAGACGACAGGAUAAAGGCCGUCUUAGACUGCAGGGUCAGUCAUUUCGAGGCUAGCUUAUUAAUCGUCCAGCUUUUGCAAGGUUUGAGGGACUACGACACUCCUGCGGAACAGACCCCGGCUGUGCAGGUCUUGAAAUUUGCGUUGGAUACCCUCUGGGCCUUGCAAUUCAGCAUCGAUGGCUCCAACUUAACGGGGACCGAAUGCGCCACGUUGAAGGCAGCUGCGGCAAGACUCAUGCUGACUGCCUUGGAAAGAGUCCUCAGAGCGGACGAGCCCACCACGGCGGUCAUUCAUAACGGUCUGUUGCCGAUGACCCUGAGAUUGCUGGAAGAUGCCUGCAGUAAGCCGGUCUCUUUUCUCACCCCAGAGGAGGGGUCACUCUUGCAGGAAUUCAUAUUUGCCACCACGUACGGUAUCAUCACUUUUCUCUAUUGUCUGUUACAUCAGCGGGGCACUACGGAGAAACUGAAGGAUUUUCUCGAGCUCUUCCAGCUAUUUACCGACAGUCAAGAUGGGAGGCUGGUGGAGAGAACCAUUCUGGCGAUUGUUGGCUUACCGAGCAUCGAUCAGGCCAGGUCCGUGACCAGAGCCAGGAAAGUCAUCGACAUGAUAGGCGCCUUGAUAAGUGCGUUGAAACGGGUGCGCCAAGAUCUCUGCCACAUGGGCCAAUGCCGCAGGCCUAAACAUCGUUCCUGCUCUGACAAUGUACAGAGCUAUCAUCACUUUGACGUCCUCGGAGUAGCGUAUUCGCAGCCGGUCGUUGGAUCUCUCGCGGUCCAGGUGUGUUGCAUCUCGUCGCUCUUCGUCACCCUGACCACCUUGUUGAAGGAGUCUCACUCGUUCAUCGGGGAGUUGCAAGUCAGGUUGCUGAAAGUGAUGACGGCUGCUGGUACAUGCUGCUGCAUCCCACCGAAGACUCUGCUGUCGAGCAUCGUCACCUUCCUGAGGAAGAGAAACCCUCAGGCGUACGGACCAGCCGUUGCUCUUUUGGAGCGGACCCUUUUCAAGGAACUUGGCGCUUAUCCUGGGACCGAUACCUGCAACACGUGCAAUAAACCUAUCGAUAGCUCUUGGGAGUUUUUAGAGCUCUACGGAAAGCUGUUAACUCUGGAUGAUCCUAAAUUGUCUUAUACCAUCAUGGCUCAUCUCCUAAAGGUGACACCAAAUUCUAUCUUUCCUGUUAGGCAGGAACUUCUCUUCAGGGUCUUUUAUCCGACCUUUCUGAAAGCAAAGGCCUGUUAUGCCGAGGAUAGCAGAAAUGCCGUCGCUAAAUUUCUCGUCCAAUCUUGCCUGUCGGUCAUAUCUAGCCUCAUAAUCAAUGCACCUAUGUGCGAGAAGUUCAUGGAAAUUAAUGGACUCGACGAAGCGCUCGAAUUGCUGCCCGACUCUACUUUCACCAGGAUCGUCUAUGCGCUGCUGGAGAUAUCCGUCAUUAUGGAAAUCUGGAAAUCCUCUUGCGAGGAUAGAAGCGAUAUCAGGAAAAACGAGUCACCUGCGAUAAAUUCUCUAUUCGGAGCUCUCGAAAGAGAAACCUCGGCGUUGUUGAAGGUCCUCGAACCGUUGAAGCAAGAAGAGAAAAAUAAGGAGCCUACGAGAACAAAGCACGGAAAGCAGAAUAAUCACUUAGUCGAAGAAAAUGAUACCGGUGCAUUAGAUUUAAGUAACUCGGAAACAUUGAGCCAAAUGAAAGUUUCGCGAUCUCAGCUUGAGGAUAAUACUUAUGCAGAGAGCACCCCAAAUAAGACUGAUCUUCGGAUACUUGCAAACGAAGAGACGUUUGCACGGGAAAGGAAAUUACUUUUGAUGAUACAUGACGAAAGUUUGAAGGAGAAAACUAUCGGUAGAAAAAUGAUAUUGUAUCAGGCCAGCGCAGCUUGGCGAGCAGCCGCAGGAGUUGCACUUUGCAGUCCUAAGUUCCGGCAGCAAUUAUCGGAACACCCUGUCUUCCAGGACAGUAUGACGCUCUUCAAAUCACUGGCCAUUUGUGUCAUUUCCGAUCGUAUAAAAGACACAAGUAAAUCUGCACAUAGACUGUUCGAAGCUUUAAUAACGUGUUGCCUGACGUCACCAUUGUGUGGCUGCGAUGUGGUUACCGAGUUGGGCAAGACGUUGAUUACCUCGGGAGUGAAACUCAGUCGUGGGAUUGCCAUGCUUGUGGAGGCGUUGCUGAGGGUGUCCAUGCUGAGACCAAGCCAGGAACAAACGGUACCUCAACAAACUAGACCUCGAUUACCCACUAUAUUUCUGGAAACCUUCCCCGAUGGUUACGGAGAGGACACCAGCACCGGUGAAUACGUGACAGCCGAUGAUGGCUACGAGGCAGAUGUCGAAGUGCCAGGGAAAUGUUCUCGCAACGAUACACCCAAGAGGAACAAUUCCCUUGGUCCGAUAGUUGAACCGAGAGGACAUGCGAAUGCUCAUCCAGCUUUGUGUUCCUUAGCUCUCGAUCUCCUUAUCCACUUCAGCAAACAGGGUCUAGAAGGUGAUAGAAGUGCCAUCGUGACGGCCGGCUUACGAAGGGUAGCCGUCACUUGCAGAGAAAGUGCUUCUAGUUGUGCUGCAUUAGCAGGAUCGGGAGCAAUAACGAGGAUAUUAAAUGGGUUCAAGGAUAUACUCACUAGCGAGGAUUCUCAGCAUCAAGAUUUACAGCAUGCCGUACUGGAGGUCUUUACGCUCUUGGCAACGCAAUCCAUUUCUCCAACGGAGUUGGUUUUUUACUUGUCCUUCUUCAAAGUCCAUUCCCCACCGUUAUUACUUCUUUUGGAACCUCUCUAUCGCCUGGUCUUUGCCGCCAGGCCUCAACCAAAUUUCAUCCUUUGCUUUCCCGUCGUGUCAGAAGUGAAGAUCCUACCGAAAAUCCUGAGCGAGGAUUUUAAGAAUCUGGAGAAAGCGGAGAAUCUGGUCAACAAUUUCAGAAAGGGACAUCUUACGUCAGGGAUUUGUAGUCCUUGGUCUGUCCAUGCGGCAUGCUUGCCCAUUGGUCCUGAACUGUCGUGGCCAGUGUGGCUGAACGGGUGUUCAGCUUCGAUGUGGCUAAGGGUGGAAAGAGGAUUGAUGACUGGAAGUCGAGGUGUGAUCGUCACACCAUCUACAUUGCUGGACUCUGAAAGCGAAAGUCUUUCGGACUGGGGUGUCCUCUCGGACAACUGGAGUCGUGAAGUUGUUGCAGGUUCAACAUCUCCCCCGACACCCACUUCUAUAAUUCAUCUAAUGUCCGUUGGCUUUGAAUCGUUAGUGCUGGAAACAUGGCUCGAUCUCAGAUCUGAUAAAUUAAUCCUACGUCUCACACGUCCCGACAACAAGACAAAUCGAACCAUCUCUGAGACCUCGAUAAAUGGCAUGCUGUCCUCGGGCAGGUGGCAUCAUUUGGCUUUAAAUUUCAAAGAUACCGUUCUUAAUAAACGCAGCGCUGUCGUCGAAGUUGUUAUUUGGAUAGACGGAUGGCGAGAAACCAGUGCCCAACUGCCUUUCGAUGGUUUGUUGGUUCGAAAACCUGGAACAACCUGUAUAUUACUGGGACAAGUUGGACCUAGCGGUAUCGGUGCCUGGUAUCUAGGAAACUUAAUGUUAUUCAGAUGCCCAGUUUUUACACGGGAAAGAGCUCUCUAUCUUGCAAGCCUAGGACCGAAUUAUACGAAUCUCGCUGAUUGCAUCCUGAAUACCGUAAAACCAGACUUCACCCCACUGAUUGCAUCUGGUGCAUUGUAUGGAGUUAAGGAAGUGAAGUUCGAGGGUGGAAAAUUCGACACUAACCGCCGUAAAUCCUACGGUGGAACAUAUCUAAGACACGUUGUCGAGACAAAAGUAUCCGAAACGAAAAUCGACUGGGAUGCUGUCAUGGAUGCAACGAACUCACACUUAGGCGACUUGCAAGAUAAUUUACUACUCAGUUACGAAGCUCAGACGCCUAACAUCGUUCACUUGUACCCGCAAGCCAUUGCUAAUCCAGGAGCUGUCGUAAGAAACUUGUUUCCGGGACAGCCUGGCUUUAGAGUUGUUUCUGCUCCAGAGCACAGGGUCUCGCAACAACCACCUCUGUCGGUACCUCUGAUUUUGUCAGCACGAUUGGAGUGCCAACAAUACAGAGGAUUGGUACCGGCAUCGAUUCUCAUAGGCGGAAUACCAAUCUUUCUGUAUCUAUUUGCAAGAGUCGUUGAAUUGCACUCUGUCGAGGAGGAGCAAGCCUUGGCACUCUCCAUGGUCUUACACCUAGCUCGAAGCGAUUCAGAACUGUUGAACCAGUAUCGCUCCGAGGGUGGAUUGGCUCUUCUUCUUCGAGUUCUGGAAUCACCCAGGUGUUACGCAGGUCGAUACAUUUUGAAAUCAGUCCUGGACGCAGCGUGCGAUAGUUCCAUCCUUAUCAAAGAUGUGGGCAGUGGCAAUCACUCGAUAUCCCAAAAUUGCGAGGCCGUCAUUACGGAUCCUGAAUUGAUCAAAGGAGCUCUAGGUGUCUGGAGAACAUGGGCGAAGUAUGAUGCGUUGAACUUGUUCCUUCAAGCCUUAUUGCUAUUGCUCAGGGACCAACACUCGCAGAGAGAAUUUAAUGCAUCGCAGCUCAACAGAGUCGGUAUAGUCGAUACGAUAUUAAUUUUAUGCAAGGAGCAUUUCAUGUACGAAGAUCACGGUGCAUCGCUGGAUCCGACGACAGGAAAUGCAGUUGUGGAAUUGAUACGUGCUUUGAUGGGAGCCCCGCCAGAAUUUGCGCACCUCGUUGCAAUUACCGAUUACCUGGUUCUUGUUCAUCAGGCUUCGGAGACCUACGUCACACAUUCGAGACACAAUAUGUAUUUCAUGUUACCACCCUUGGAAGACAAAGCAACGUAUACGAAAAUGAAUUCAACGAUGGUAAACAGCUCUACGGAUGAUUCCAUCGGGCUAGUUGAUCUUGGAAAAUUAAAUAAAGCAUUAGCGAACGUACAGAUUCAAAAGGGCAGGGUACCCAAGAAGAAGGAGCGUCGCAACGACCCAUCCAAGGAAACAAGUGCCGGUGAAGAUUCCGGGAUCGCUGCCAGUGAUGGAUCAAAUCAUCAGGAGAAACACAUGGCGUGGACGGAUGAGCGAAGAGCUUGUCAAGGAUUGGUGUGCGAAGGGCUGUUGCUAUUGUUGAGAGAUGCUUUGAGAGUGCUACCGGACAGUCAGGUUGGCUCCGUUUUGAAACACGUUUUGAGAGCUGAAGUUCUCCUGGUUUUAGCUAACAAUCCUGACGCCAGAGUUCGGACGGCUUUAAUUAAGGUGACACAGACAUACCUUCAGCGAGCCAGUGACGAGGAAGUUAACAAAUUCAUAAAGCAGAAGUACUUCAUGCAUUUGGCUAACCAAAUCUCCCUGUAUCCUGGAAGCGAUCCUCUGGUGGUUGCCUUGGAGAGUUUAGCGUUGAGAGGUCCAACUUUAGCGGCUAUGCCGCCUCUGUUAGCUAUGAUCUCGAAGGCAGCAUCCACCGAUCCUAAUGUAGCGAGGCCAAUGGUUUCUUUCACAACCGAGAUGGUUACUAAGAAUCCAAGUGCCUUGAGGAUGUUGCUGGAGCAAGGCUUGAUGGAAUCCUUGGGACGUGCCCUGGUCGGUGCAGCUCACAGAGGGAGUGCAAUCUCACUUUUCCGUGACAUCCAUGUAUUGCUCGUUGCCAUUGCAACGAAAUUGCUGGAGUCUCCUGGUGGCCACCAGAUGCAAGCCGUAACGGAUCUGCACUUGGUCUUGAAUCACAUGGAGCUGAAGGAGAGAUCUCAAUGUGGAACGAACACUAUGUGCGUCUCUGUCGUGAGAGACGCCCAGGUAGCACUGUUCGACGGAGAAUUAGAUGCUGUAACUACAAGAGUGUCCUCGCAUUCUGGUUUCCGAUUGCGAAGUGCAGCUUCUUACCUCGCCUCGGCUUCUUACUUGACAUCGGCUUUAACAACUUCCAGUGAGCAGAGCGAUCCCGGCUCAAGAUCCUCGAGUUACGGCAGCAUACAUGGGACUCUCGGCUCUAUUGUUCGGGAACCCGGAAGAGGGGAAUUGAACGACCGUUUUCGUACCAUUUUAAUCCGAGCUGUGGACUUUGUAACGUCUUCGGAUAAGUGCCCGUCUACGUCCGAAAUGGAGCUGACCAGGAGAUUGUUCUCCACUCUGCUACAUGGCUUGGCCACGCCGUUGGAAAGGAAGAAUCAGUGGAGUACCGCGUGGUCUUCUAGGUCAGAUUUUAGAAAAAUAACUGCCAGAAUUAUGGUCUGGCUCCUGGGGCCGCACCAAGUCAAUGCCACCAGGGUUUAUGCAGUUAGGUCUCUCAUGGAGGAGCCUAAAGCGCGAGAAAUCUUAAUGUCUCUUCUGGAAGUGCAUCCCCAGGUGGAACAAAAGUUUAUGGUGUUCCUGUGGGAUCUUCUACAAAGACGGGACGAAAUGCCUAGCGUCGACGCCAGGGUCUGUGCAGAACUGAAGGAAGCCAUUGACAUCUGGGACUUAACGGGAAGCAUUGAACAAGGUGGUUUGAACAUGUGGGGCGAAGAGUUGGAGCUACUAGGUCGAGAACUGAUGAAAGAUCGAAACAUCUGGUUGGAUAGUAACCUUCCUGCAAUUCAGAGAAUUGGCGGUAGAUUUGAAGCUUUGGCAAAGCAGCUAACCGAGAGUGCCAUGGCAAUAACUAGAGCGGUUGUAGAAGAACAGAAUCGUGAGCGUAAGGUGCUGAUGGAGAGACUAAAGCACUCUAGAGCCUUGGAAGCUCAAGCGAUGGCUAGGUGGAGAGACCUUGCCAGACGAUUGACUCACGAGAGAGCACCAUGGCACUUCCCGGAGAGCUAUCCAAGGAGCUGGGAACUGGAUCCUACCGAAGGUCCUGCAAGGGUCAGGAUAAGACUUCAGAGGUGCAACCUGAAAAUUGAAAAAAGAUUCUUACUAUCGGAGCACCGAGACAAAUUGAAAGCGGCAGAUGUCGAGGGACCAUUGUCGUACUUAUUUACGUCAUCUCGACAGGAUACGAAUGCCUCGGCUCUAAUCGAAAGACUGCUUACCAGCGAAAGGAUUCGGAAAAUGUCUCAGGCUCGGGUCGUGACACCAGGAGCCGAAUUGCCAGGGGAAACUCUUAUUGGAGAAUCGUGCCUGUACUUUAUACCAGAUAAUCCGGACAUGCCCCUGCAUACCGAUGUAAUGGUCUUCCUGAUGUUUAGUAUUGAAAUGGAAAUAUUCGAGGUUUUGUAUAACGAAUUAAUAUCACAGAUUGCCCUGGGUGGUUUGGACCUGGCGAUGGCUGGAGGGACUGCCUGGAGACUUGAGGAUAUCCGGGAAUUGCACAGAAGGCGUUAUCAAUUACAAGAGAGGGCCAUUGAGAUAUUCAUUGUCACUGGUCGAACGUAUUUGCUUGCAUUCAAUUCUUCUAAGGAAAGGGACGACUUCGUCGCGGAAUUGUCUGCCUGCAAUUUGCCAAGGAGAAUCCCAGGGGAUGAUUUAGGGGAAGCCUUGGCAUUGUGGCGAAGUGGCACUCUGACAAAUUGGGAAUAUAUUACUUGUUUGAAUAAAUUAGCUGGGAGGUCCUACAACGAUCUGAUGCAGUAUCCAGUUUUCCCUUUCGUUUUGGCAGACUACGUCAGCGAGAAGAUCGACUUGAACAAUUCAAACAUUUAUCGAAACUUCAAACGUCCCAUGGCUGUCCAGGAUAAGAAAAACGAGCAACAUUACAUUAAUAAUUAUAACUACCUGAAACAAGCUCUCACGGAAGGUCUGAAUUUAAUUGCCCUGAAUCAGGAGCCCUUUCAUUACGGAUCUCAUUACAGUAAUUCUGGCACUGUGUUACAUUUCCUCGUGCGACUUCCGCCAUUUACGAGCAUGUUUCUCUGCUACCAAGAUGAUAAUUUCGACAUCCCUGAUCGGACUUUUCAUGCACUAGCUACCACGUGGAGAUUGACAAGUUGCGAUUCUACGACGGACGUAAAGGAACUCAUACCGGAGUUUUUUUAUUUGCCCGAGUUUUUACUUAACUCUGAAGGAUUUAAUUUCGGCGUCCGGCAAAAUGGUAAUACGGUUGGCGACGUCGAAUUGCCUGCUUGGUGUGGCGGUGACGCUCGGCUUUUUAUUCUUGCUCACAGAGCUGCACUGGAGGCAGACCUCGUGAGAGAAGUAUUGCCAUUUUGGAUCGACCUUGUCUUUGGAUUUAGGCAAACUGGGAGACCCGCCGUUGAGGCUAUAAACGUCUUUCACCCAGCUACCUACUAUGGAUUCAACGUCGAACAAAUCGCAGAUCCUUUAGAACGGCAAGCUUGGGAAACCAUGGUGAAAACUUAUGGGCAAACACCUGCUCAGCUGUUCCGAGCUGCACAUCCACUACCAAUUCAGACCUUUGGGAUACCUCCAUCGAGCAGCAGUUUUCCUAGGGUCAUCGAAGGAGUUGAUGGCAUCAAAUGGGGUAACUACGUUGGAGCUCCUGGAAACGAACCCAUGCUUUGCUGGAAGAACAAACACAGGGCUCCGCUGUCGUCUUUGAUACCACUCACUACUGGCGAUGUCUUUGGCUUACCCAGCUGCACUACUCUUUUGCUUGGAUACAGCAAAGAAAAAGGAGCGAGCAUGUUGAGUGGCACAUCGAUACUGGGAGCUGCCCUUGCAUCGUGGGGAGGAACCGAUGGAAUUGCUAGACUGAAAUCUAAAAAGGAACAGCCACCACGACCUUUACUGAAGUCUUCUGGCAUUGAUCCUAUCACUCUCCUAGGAUCCGCGCCUGAUUGCGGGCAGCUUUGGGCUGGUCAUUUAUCAGGAAGGAUUACAGUGCACAGCUAUGCAAUCGGUUCUACUGGUAAAGUUGAAUUUAGCUCGUCUCCACCUUCGGUGCUUCUGGCUCACCGAAACUCUGUAACAGUCAUCGGUUUAUCCAGAGUGUUUAGUAUCGCUGUGACAGGAGAUUCCAAUGGAAUGAUUGCCAUAUGGGAUUUAAACAGCUUAUCAUACGUAAGAGCAAUAGUCUGCGAAGGUCAUGCCAUUAGUCUAUUGUCGAUCAGUGAUACUUUGGGCGACAUAGCGGUAACAUAUGAGAUUCCAAAUUCCCAGGAAGAAAGUCAUUCUAAUUCUUCAGAACUGAAAGUGUACACAAUUAAUGCAAGACCAGUUGGCUCGGUUUUGUCAAGGAGGAAAAUUACUGCGCUCUCUUAUAGCAAUGCUCCGGAAGGUGUCUCCGUCAAUGUAAUUGCUACUGGAUUGGAUAAUGGAGUGAUUCGGUUGUGGAGUAGUUGGGAUUUAAGACUCGUUAGAGAAAUAGUGAAUAGUAGCAAAGGAUGUGGUGCCAUUAUAGCCUUAUCUUGGUCUCUCGAUCAGCAUCACUUAUAUGCAGCAACUGAUGAUGCUACAGUUCUUAUUUGGGAAGGAACAAGACGUUUGAGCAGUGGCACUCCAAAGUUUGUCAAUUUAACAUCCCUUUGACAAGGUGGCGAAACUGACAGUAAAAGUAAGAAUAGCUGAACAAGAGCAGUACUGUAAAUACUCCAUUGUAUUCACACCGACAAUUGGUCUAUCAUUCAUUGCACCUCAUUUAAAUUUUCAAGGAACACAUACAGGUAUACGCAGGCCUUUAGAUGAUUUAUUUAUAGCGACGUCCCAAUGAAAGUACUACAGCGAUAACGAGAUUUAAAUUCACCAAAAAAGAAAAGAACCAAGUACUGUUUGUAGAUAUUUUUAAUGAGAUACAGUAACACUAGAGAGUAAAUUAUAGAUUUGUCUUGAACACAUUGAAAACCAUUCAUGUAAUGAACUGAAGUAUUAUCUUAUCAUCAUUUUAAUGUAAAACUUAUGCUUAUGCGGAUAUUUCGAUACUUGUAUUUUUGUACAUGAUAGUUACUUCGUGGAAUGCAUAUGUAAUGAAAUGUCUAUGUCUACUUAUUAGUUGUGUGAUAUUUAUGAAAUUAUGGCAUAAUAUAUAGAGGUAAUUAUAUUGAUUAAUGUUAUGAUGCAAUGUUUUUAUCCUCAUGUAUGUGCAUUCUCUUGUAUGCAUAUCAAUUAAAUAGGAUAUAAAAUAA